AUGGAGGAUUUAACGAGGGAGCCGUUCGAGAGCCCGGGUACAAAGCAGAUAGUGAAAGUAAAUUCCGAGGCCAAUGCAGCUCGAGUGCCUGCCGCGCCGCUCGAGCCACGCUCGCGGGGUCUGGCCGCGCCGCGGGCCGUAGCCUUUCUGGAGGCCGCCAGCUGUCAUAACGCUCCGCUGCCUGCUGCUGUGGGGCCGGGGCGGAUGCCGGGCACGCGGGCUCGCCCCCUGCUCAUGCCCAGCAAUGGCGCGGGCCGCGGUGGGCUGCACAGCCUGCGCACUCUCUGUCAGUACGCUACAGGACAGGUCCUGAAGGACGGGAUAGACCUCAAGUUCAAGGACGUGGCGGGCUGCGAGGAGGCCAAGCUGGAGAUCAUGGAAUUCGUGAACUUCUUAAAAAACCCAAAGCAGUACCAAGACCUAGGAGCCAAAAUUCCAAAGGGUGCCAUUCUCACGGGUCCUCCUGGCACUGGGAAGACACUAUUGGCCAAGGCCAAGGCCACGGCUGGGGAAGCCAAAGUCCCCUUCAUCACUGUCAGUGGGUCUGAGUUUCUCGAGAUGUUUGUUGGUGUGGGCCCGGCUCGGGUGCGAGACCUAUUUGCCCUUGCUCGGAAGAAUGCCUCUUGCAUCCUCUUCAUUGAUGAGACUGACGCAGUGGGAAGGAAGAGAGGCCGUGGCAACUUCGGGGGACAGAGUGAGCAGGAGAACACGCUCAGCCAGCUGCUGGUGGAGAUGGACGGUUUUAAUACAAGGACAAAUGUGGUCAUCUUGGUGGGCACCAACCGGCCAGACAUCCUAGACCAGGCACUGCUGCGUCCAGGCCGCUUCGACCGGCAGAUCUUCAUCAGACCCCCGGACAUAAAAGGAAGAGCAUCCAUUUUCAAAGUCCACCUCCGGCCCCUGAAACUGGGUGCUGCCCUGGAGAAGGAUAAGCUAGCCCGGAAGCUAGCCUCCCUAACACCGGGCUUUUCAGGAGCUGAUGUGGCCAACGUGUGUAACGAAGCGGCCUUGAUUGCAGCGCGACACCUCUCAGACUCCAUAAACGAGAAGCACUUCGAGCAAGCCAUCGAGCGUGUGAUUGGUGGCUUAGAAAAAAAGACCCAGGUCCUGCAGCCUGAGGAGAAGAAGACGGUGGCGUACCAUGAAGCAGGGCACGCGGUGGCUGGCUGGUACCUGGAGCAUGCAGACCCUCUCUUGAAGUGUGAAAUCUAUUAA